GCUCUGGGGUGGAGGGUCAUUCCCUACAGGUGUUACCGUUAGUAACGAAGCUCUACCCAUCCAGAACCUCUAGAUCUUCUAGACUUCUUGGACCUCUAGACCUUCUUGAUCUCCCAGUCAGCGGGACCGUCUCGGUGACGACCAGGCCGACUGUUAGGACUUCGAGACCCUCUAGAACUUCUUUUCCUCGGCCCGAUGUGGACUUCUAGCUUUCGGCUCGAUGUGGACUUCGAGACCUUCUACAACUUCUGACCUCUGACCCGUUGUGGACUUCGAGACCCUCCAGAACUUCUUCCCCUGGGCCCGAUGUGGACUUCGAGACUUCUCCCGAGCUCCUAGAACUUCGAGAUCUUCAAUCUUCAUCACAACUUAGUUGGGUUCGCUGGCGCUCCUAUCGGAGGCCAGAGGGUAGAGGGAAUGACCUCUCCUGCUUACCGCGCCUACUCCUUUAAAUUACACUGGCUGAGGCAUGGCGGUCUGAGUAAGCGGGAGGCGCAAUCAGCGACUCGCGCAGUCGGUCAUUCCCCAGGCUUCGCAUUGAUGUGAGAACAGCCACCCGCCCUUCAAAACCAUUCCGGUGCGGCAUACUGCCAAGGCCGGCAUAGGGUAUAGGAUAUGGGGGUAAAUCUGUGUAGGGACAGCCUUUUGAGUUGAGCAGUAUAGUGGUCGGUUUUCCGUGCCAAGGUAACUUGGAUACGUACUGCUCAGCGAAACUGGUCUGUGUAGGGUAAGCCUUUUGAGUUGAGCAGUGUAGUGGUCGGUUUUCCGUGCCAAGGUAACUUGGAUACGCACUGCUUAGCGAAACUGGUUUGUGUAGGGUCAGCCUUUUGAGUUAAGCAGUUUUGUGGUCAGUUUCCAGUACCAAGGUGAUGACUGCUUAGCGAAAUUGGUUGGUUAGGGUCGUUAGGGUCGUAUUUAUGGUGUACAGAGUCGUGGCGCGAACCUUCGAAACUCUGGCGGGAUUUUCCGCGUUUUUUGUUUUUGUUGACGUCGGUGUACGCGAUUCAAUAAGCAAAAUUCUAAAAAUCCAAGAUUUAGCCAUUGAAAGAUAAGUUCUUAUUAAAUUACCUGAGUUGGAUAUCGUUUUGUCCAAGAUAUAAUAACGAAAUUGACUGGAAUGGUUAAAAAAGUUGUUUUGUGUUGUUGUUUUUUUUUUUCAGAUUAGUCCUGCCGUUUAGUCCUGCCGUCCUGCGUUUUCCAAAAUGAGUGAAGAAGAUAUUAUGGAGAUUUCCAGUGAUAGUGAGGACGACAAGCUGGUUAUCGUUGAAGAUGCCGAAGAAAAGGUAAAUUUUACACGGACUUAAGCAAUGCUGUGCUGGCAUUUUGUUGCAGUGCUAAUUUUUAAAAUUUCUCUGUUUCAGUUACCUGAUGUGUUCCUCUUGCCACAUGAAGUGAGUACUCGGCAUUGUUUUUUAAUAAGGUAAAUCUUUGUUUCAAAUUUACUAAUCAUUUCGUGUUUUCGUAGAAGAAUAACCCUGCUGACCAACCGGGACGAACCGAGGAUGGAGAGGUUGACGAGGAAAGCAAAUUGCCAGAAAAGAGAAAGCGCGUAAAGGGAGAAAAAGAAAAGAAAAAGAAAAAAGCCAAGAAACAGAAGAAAUGCAAACCUGAGGAAACAGAAGAAGUAGACAUGAACGUCAAGGCAAGUGAAGAAAUGAAAGAAGCUGAAACAAAUAGAAAUGAAGACCUACCUUCUACGAGCGCUGCUAACAUCAGCGAAGAUCUAUUUGAUAAUGAUGAUGAGCUUGAGGACUUCAUGUCACAGUCUGCAGAAUCAGCUGCAUUACUUGAGAAGGUCCAAAAUUCGGAGGAAUUGGGGGUUGGCACAACCCCCAAAACCCAGAAAGUACUGUCUGAAGAAGAAAGACUUUCGGCUCACAUAAAUUCUCGAAUUGAAAGUAACGCUGACUCCGACGAACCUGCGAACAAGGCCUGGGCCAAUUUGGCAAUCGCUGAGAAGCGUGCUUUGACAGUAAUAAAUAGGUUCAACGGCAGCAAGGCAAAGGGCGCUGACCUUCGAAAAGCAAUAUCUAAUUUUAACGUUGAGGAAUACAAAAUGAAUUCGACAGUUCUUCGUGAGUGGAAGAACUGCCUGUCAAAGUGUAUGAGCAUCGUUCAAUCAGAAAUGCAGAAGCCAAAUAUUGAAAAGGCAAGCAAACUCUUAUCAGAGUCAGAUGACAGCAAUUAAAAAAUCACUUGAAGACGUGAAGCUCCUCGAAAAAGAAAUAGAAGACACCGACAAGCUACUUAAGCAAAUGAGUACUGCUUUUAGUAGCCACUUUGAACAGAAGAUGUCAACUAUGGCGGUGAAGGCUGUUUCAAUUAAAAACAGCAUAAAGGAUAUAAAAAAAAAAUCACCUUGCUUUCUGAUAUCGAUUUUAAGCCGUCAGAUCAUUGAUUGUUUUCGGCAGUAUUAACAAAAAGUAUGUUUGCCAUUGACAUUGUUUAAUUUGAUAUAUUUCAAUUUCUAAAAUUGGUAAGAUUAAUGUACCUUUCUA